AUGCUUCCAAUCGCCGCAUCUAUUCGCCUUUUAAACAAGCAGCGAAUUCAAUACAAUCCUGGCGAUUGUGUUGCCCUCUUGUGCCAAAAUUCCGAUAUUGACGUUGAGUGGUUGCUGGCCCGUAUCGAUCCAGACCCCCUUCCCCACGUGAACUCUCCUUUCGUCCUCGAGUGCACCACGAAAAGGCUGGCUUCUUCAUGCCUACCUGUAGGACAACCCGUCACUUUGCGUCUUCUGCUCACACACUUAUUCGAAUUGAACGUACCUGUGACGCGACGUAUAACGCAAACACUUGCAGAAUGCUGCCAUCCGUCAAGUGAAUUCGCCAAACGUCAGGCUACGCGAUUGCUUCAGCUAUCUAGCCGUGAGGGCACCGAUUUAUUCGAACGAUGCAUCCGGCAGGCAAACGUUGGCUUGCUUGAUUUGUUGAAUUCCUUCCCCGCUUGUCGCGUAACCCUAGCUCGUUUAUUUGAGCUCCUCCCACGGCUCCGCCCUCGUUUAUACAGUCUGGUUGGUUUAGAUAGUGAUCAGGAUGAGAAUGGCGAACAGAUUUUGCGACUGUUAUUCACCCGCAUUGAUGUGUCUUAUGCUGACGGGUGUACCCCGAUGGGGUUGCGACGGUACACCCAUCGAACCCAUGGAGUAUGCACUGGGUGGCUCGAGCGCAUGUGGCUUGGGCGGGUCACAUUCCCUCCUUUUAUGAACUUGUAUCUGCGGCAAAAUUUGACGGGAUUUCGAGCCCCAGACGACGUGCGGCGACCAGUAAUCAUGAUCGCCUCCGGUACUGGACUGGCGCCUUUUGUCGGUCUCUUACGCCGUCGCAAACAGUUGAGACAGAAUUCAGCAGACCCCGGCAAUCUGUGGCUUAUCUUUGGCUGCCGCUCACCUAUGACAAGUUUCCUCAUGACUGCAGAAUUUAACGACUUUAUGGCGGAAGGUUUGUUGCAUCGGUGCUGUCUAUGCUUUUCUCGGUACCACGUGGAUGUCACACAACCUCAAUUACCGAAGAGUUUCCCGAAACAUCUACGCCUGGGAUCUUGCGUCCACCGCAGUACAACCGCACGAUAUGUGCAGCACUGCAUCAUACCACUGCAGGACGAUACUGUCAGUGAAAGUGUCGAUACACUUACAGAGGAUCAAAUAGAAUUGGCCGAAUGGAUCAUUAACCGAAACGCUGUUAUCAUGGUGUGCGGUGAAGCACGAGAAAUGGCACCCGCAGUUAGGUCAGCCUGGAUCACUCUGCUUACGAAAUACCUCAGCCGAUACAGUACACCAUUAUCUGCAUCCAGGACUGACUUUGUCUCUGGCGAUGAAUAUUUCAAGCGCAUGUGCGAGGAAAAGCGAUACUUGGAGGACAUUUGGACUUGACGUUUUCUCUAACCAAACUAUAGUGUGAUAGAUUUUCAAGCGCCAUGUUCGGAUUCUGGAAUAAGAUGCACUGAAGUUCUUUCUCCCAAUCCGAACAACAACAACAACAACAACCUCCCGUUUUUGCCUUGUAAUGGCAUUUUGUACAGACAUUCAUU